ACAAACACACCGAUAUUUCCACAAAUAUGGCCGACAAUGAUGGCUGAUCCUCUUCGUCGACCUGACCAAGUGUCUCCUAAGUCGAGCCCCCGUGACAGGGGCUCGAGAUCCCCAGCCUAUCCCAGACAAGAUUCAACAGGGACCCUCAAGACAACCAUAAGCCUGGGGAAAAUCCCCUCAGUUAUUCACACAGGACCCUUCUACUUAAUGAAAGAUGUGCCGGAACCUGCUGAGAUUACUGGUAGCACUAACCUAUUGUCACAGUAUGGGCUUGAACACUCCUACAGCAAGUUCUGUGGCAAGAAAGUUAAAGAGGAACUCAGCGCAUUUCUCCCCCAUCUUCCAGGAAACAUUGAUAGUCCAGGGAUGCAAGAUAACAGUUCUCUGCGGUCUUUGAUAGAGAAGCCACCAAUCAUAGGCAAGGAGUUAUCUUCUCUUGCAGGGUCUUCCCUGACAGGCUUCAGGCUCCAUCCUGGACCGCUUCCUGAGCAGUAUCAGCUGUUGAACCAGAUGACCCAGAAGAGGAAGCACAAGCGGAAGAAGAAGCACAAGGAAGGGGAGAAGGGGAGUGCACUCCAGGAGACUCAGACUGAGAAUGCAGCUGAUGCGGAAGCAAAGAAAGUUAAGAAACCAAGGAAGGAUGAAGACAACAGCAAGGACAACAGCAAGAAGAAGGAGAAGAAGAAGAAGAAAAAGAAGAAAAGACACAGCCCAGAACAUCAGCCUUCUGCAACUCAGGGAAGUGAAGGUGGCUCAUGAGGCAGGGGCCAUGUCAUGCAGAAUGUGGGCGGAGUCUCAUGGUCAUGUGAUGUAGAAUGUGGGCGGAGUCUUGUGGUCAUGUGAGGUAGAAUGUGGGCGGAGUCUCGUGGACAUGUGAGGUAGAAUGUGGGCGGAGUCUUGUGGUCAUGUGACGUACAAUGUGGAUAGAGUCUCGUGGUCAUGUGACACAGAUUAUGGGUGGAGUCGAUUACCCAAGGUGGAGUCGAUUACCCAUGUGACAGAAUUGAGUUGACUCUGAUGGCCAUGUGCAGAUUCUCAUGUGACAAAGAAUGUUGGCGGAGUCUGAUAUUCCACAGUUGGAUUUUGAGAUGUUGGAUGCUGUAUGUAACAGGAGAUAAUGACAGCCUCGUACUGACAGAGUUGUCUCCCUCAAGUGGUCCCAGAAACUCAAAACUAAAGGAUCAGAAUGGUGUCAUAGACUUUUACCUGGAUUUUACAACGGAAGAAGACACAGGCUGUUACUCACUCCAUUGUCAAGUGUGCUAUAUCUCUAUUCUAUUAUGCCUCGGCGUUAAGGCAUUCACUCGUCACUCCCACGUGGGUACAAUGUGAAGCCCAUUUCUGGUGUCCCCUGCCGUGAAAUUGCUGGAACAUUGCUAAAGCGACGUAAAACCAUCCUCACUCAUUAAUUUGCCACCAUGGCUUCAUUUAGGAAGUGAUGUCGCCAUCACUCCUAUCUUACUAAGAACAGAAUUUAUCAUAAUCAUGAUAAUAGAAUGGAGAUAUAUCACACUGGAUAAUCAAGGCUAUAUGGAAUGUUGACUUGUUUUAUUGAAAUAAAAUAUGUCCAGAAGUGAUGUCAAUAUCUUGUAGUUAUAUCAGUGGCUCUGAUAACAGUGCCUCACACGUGAUGUGUGUAGGUUGAUAGUCUAAGAUUUGGACUGCACAGAUUAGUCAACAGACAGGGAUGUACCUGGGUUAUAUUAUUUGUUUAUUUGAUGGUCCAGGGGACUUCAUCCUGUUACUUGUAGUGGUUCCAGUGUAUAAACGGGGGUUCCCAAGCCACAACAUGGGGGUCACAGAGAAAUGACAGAAACUGAAUACAGUACAGUACUAUUCCACAAGUGACAGAAGGUGGCACCUCCUGAGAACCCUUCCGUUAAAAGUAGAUAUGGAAUGCCCCAACUGAAACGAGUCUCCAAAUGCCAGUGUUAGAAGAUCAUAAAGCAAUCGAUUGUGUAUGUUAUUUUCUACAUUACACAUGGAAAUUAAUUUCAUUAAAUAUAGUAUAUUCAUUGCUACACGUGCAUCAAAUUUAUUUUCAACACAAACAGCAUUAAAUAUGCAGCUCUCCAGUAUCAUGGCGACCCAUCUUGUCACUUGAUUGUUGUUGAUGCAGAGGAGAGAUGUCGCACAAAUUUGUACAAGAUCCCAUUUAGUAAACACUUAAUACAAUUAUGCUUUGGUAUUGUAUGUUUUAUACAAACUUGGAUGAAGUGAACUGAUUAAAAUGACCCUACUUAAGAAGAGACGGUGUUCGUAGUGUAAGGCACUCGACAUGGCAGUUUUCACAUUUUGUUCACAGUUUUAAAAGCACACCAUGAGAUAUGUUUGUUGUAUGUAUAUUUUGUACUGAUAAAACCCCUGGUUGUACACAAGACCUGUGUAUAUUCAGAAAUAAAUAUAUGAAACUAG